UAAAGCAGAGAAGUUCUUUAAAUAGCAGGUAUCUAGUAAAAUUGGCAUCGUUUUCACAGUCUCUGUCUCAGUGCAAUUAGACAAUGUCAUCCAGUGCAGCAGAAACCAGCACCCAGCUCCCCCCUCCCCCUGCAAGGGUAUUUUUCCAAGCAGCCCCCACUGGAGGCCGUGCAGGAACCGGACCAGCAACCAGGGAUGAUUCGGUCCAGAAAAAAAAUGGAAAAGUGACCGUGAAAUACGACAGAAAGGAGCUGAGAAAACGACUGAUCUUGGAGGAGUGGAUCAUUGAGCAGCUGAGCGUGUUAUACGAUUGUGAGGAGGAAGAAAUGCCAGAAGUAGAAAUAGACAUUGAUGAUAUUAUGGAUGCAACCAGUGAAGAUGAGAGAGCUGUUAAACUACAGGAAUCGCUGGUAGAUUGUUACAAACCAACAGAGGAAUUCGUCAAAGAGCUGUUGUCACGGAUAAGAGGGAUGAGAAAACUAAGUGCUCCUCAGAAAAAAGGUUUAUAAUGGACUGAAACAUCAAUUCAUCGACACCGACAUAAGAUCCUUGAUGUUAUAUAUAAUAUAAAAAAAACCCAGUCUGUAUUAUUUUUAAGUUUUUAAAAGUUCGUUUUGCCAAGGAACCAAGUCUAGAACGCUAUUUAUUUAUUUAUUUUUUUAAAGCUAAUACUUUUGGAUAAAGAAUUUGUGCAGUUAUCCUGCAGAUUACAUUUACAGGAUGAAGAGAAAGCAUAUUCAACAACCUUGGUUCUCUUGGCCUUGUUUUUUUUGUUGGUAUUUUUAUUUGUGUUUGGUUACAGCAAAAUAUUACUAUGUAUAUGUUAGAAAAAACAAAGCUAGGGGUGCUAGUAGUCCUCCUUGUAGAUGCUGCAAGUAGGUGUUGCAUUUUAACUUACUCCAGUAUUAACAUUCUUUGUUCCCAGCAGCAAUUUCUGUCUUUCUUGAAACCAAUCUAAAUGUGUAAUAUGAUAAAACAGAAGCACAAGAUUAAGACCAUGUCCUUGGAGACGAAGUGGUGUAAAUGUAAUUGAUAGCUCACCAUCCUCCAUACGGCCUUACUGUAUUAGUUGUCAGUUCAGCAGUUUUUAGCAGUGUAGCCAAAUGUGGCAAGUUUAGCAUGGAAGAGCCUGUGUCUUAACUGUGAAAAUGUUUGGCUCUUAAAAUACUGUUUUGACACCAACUGUCAAGGGCUUAAAUGUUGUUGUUUUUUAUUUUUAAACCAAUUCUUGUCAGACAUGUUCUGGUGCAAAAAGUUAUGGGUAUAGAUUUUUUUUGUAUUAUUAUUUAAUUCAAUUUUGCCAAACCCACUUGUAAUUCUCAUUCUUCAAGGGAAUGUAUGACAGGCUUUCAUACUGUUAAAAGCAGGAAAGCUGAACACCUGCCCAAAUUAGGGAUUUUUUUUUUUUGCGAUGGAGGGGUGGUGGUAUCAAAUUUUGAGCCGGCAUGUGAAAUGAAAGGGAAUUUGACAUGACUUUUUCUAUCUAGGAUGUUUUGACACUAAAGUCUUGUUGAAUUCUCAAGGAAAUUUGUAAAUGUUUGUUCUGUACAACUGCAAGCUUUCUUUUUUUUUUUUUUAAUGUAAUUUUAUGGUAUAUACUAGUUGUUUUUGAUGACAAUAAAAGCAAGAGAACGCAAGUUGUAUGUUUUGUGGAGGUAAUGUUUUAAUGUACUGCAACACUCCUCCAGCAGGAGUUUUGGUUUAUAAAACAAAGUAGCCAAUUUGUUGGCCUCCAUCUUUUUAUAAAUCCAAUAAUAGUUGUACAUAUUGUGUAUAUAUAUUGUGAACAGAUUGGUCGUAGAUCAGGUUCGUGCCCCAUUAAGAA